UCUGACCUUUUUUCAGACUGCCCAAGGACGAGAAGUCUUCAUAUUGACGAUCUGUUUUCUUGACGUUUUAGUGAAAUUGUUCGUUGACAACUGUGCUAACCUUCAAGUAUAUAUUUAUUUUCAAUAAUGUCACGAAUGAAUGAAUAGAUAUGAGUAAUCUAAAGCAGGUAGUAUCGAAUGGAGACUCGAACCAGGGGGCCACCAGUGCCAGCAACGUUUGCCAACCAGCUAUUGCUAACACUAACGGCGACGACACGGAGUGUGAGCAGCUUCAACAGUUGAUAUUCGACCUAAUCCGAGGAAUAGAGGAUCCAGAGAAGCCGUCCAAUCUGGAAGACUUGGAAGUGGUUCGCGAAGAAGAUGUCUUUGUGAAGAAAUGUGGAGAGGAUGAGUUCGGUGUCCGGAUAGAAUUCAUCCCUACAGUGCCCCACUGUUCCUUGGCUCCCCUCAUAGGUUUAUGCAUCCGGUCAAAGUUACAAAGAUCUCUCACAGAAAAAUAUAAGUUGGAUAUUUUCAUAAAGAAAGGCAAGCAUUCCACAGCAGAUGAGAUAAACAAGCAAAUUAAUGACAAAGAGAGGAUAGCAGCUGCCAUGGAGAACCCUAACCUCCGUAAACUUGUGGACAAGUGUCUGGAGGAGGAGUAUUGAGCAGUGAGCACCAUCCUAACGACCCAGACACCUCCCUUGGGGAGGAGUACUGAGCCCCACCCUAAUGGACCAGACACCUCCCCGGGAGAGGAGUAUUGAGCCCCAGCCCAACGGACCAGACACCUCCCCGGGGGAGGAGUACUGAACCCCAUCCCAGGGGCAUUUGGGAAAUUUCUGUGAUAAAUAGUGAUGAUGGACACUGCAAACUAUGAGAAAUCUUGUUUUACAUGUACCUUCGUGUGGUAUAUGUCAGAGAGGAUCAUCUUGUCCGUGUUCUUGGCAUUUAACUCAUUGAAAGGAGAUUUCAUUUUGCUAAAAUAAAUUAUCGCCUGUGCAAUAUGGACUGGACUGGAAUUCCUGUCUAAAAGAUGGGUUGCUGUUGACUAAAGAAAAUCCUUUCAAUAAAAAAGACAUACAUGUACAUUGUACUUUAUCUAUUAAUAUCUUGUAUCCACUUCAUGCUUGAAUUAGAAUGAAGAGUCAGAAAUAUCUGGUAAGGUUUAUGCAAGUCAUCCGUGAUACUGGUACAUAAUGUAUGUCUGUAAGAUGCAAUACAUUGUAUACAUGUAGUAUAUUGAAAUGUUUAAAAUAUCUGUUGAUCAGAAUCUGUGACGAGGUCAUGUGUUUUGUCUCCACUUUCUCAUCAUAACCAUUAACUUGUUCACAAGUUAUCAUUUACACUUGUCAAAAAUCUUUUAAUUGCAUGACUAUUAUGUAUAUAUUAAUGAAGUACAGUUGUUACAUAGGUAAUGCUUAUUUUGGUUUUCACCUGGUUUUAUGAAGAUUUCAAAGAACAGCUGUACUCCCAUUUGUCCAUGUACAUUAGUGCUCUCCCAAAGCUAUUUAUUAUCAAACGUUAUAGAAUUAAUAUCCGUUUGGAUGGGAAUGGCCUGUUUGACAGGCUCAGACCAUUAUUAUUUCAUUGGUAAAAUCAACAUUUUGGUCAAGAUUGGUCAUAAGUGAAAUAGCAGUAGACUUCACGAGGUACAUUAAUUAUAAAGUAACUGAGCUAAAUUGGCAGAUGAUAAAUACUUGAAAUUGACUUGUGUGAAAUAUGCAAUGUUACCGAGUCCAGACAUGGUAUUAUGUAUGCUCAGACUAACACUUAUAUAGAUGCAGUAGUGUUGCAUCUUAUCCAAAAAAAGUAUUCAAUUAUUCGUGCAUCUAGAGGUGUAUCCGUUCCUUAUUUGGUCUCAUUUUGUUAUUUACAUUUGAUUGAGAAUGUAAUACAUUGAUUGUAAGAAACAGCGGGAGUAAGGAUGAUCUCCCUUUGAUUACAAUAAAAUUGUUCAUGUCCAG